UACUUUCAACCCGCCUUGCCUGCCAUUCAAGUUCCGAAUUUUCCCAGUACUGGUUAAAUCUUCACUUGGACCCGCCUCCAUCACUCACCUGAUUAGAUGUUUAUGAGUCAGAAGGCGGGGUCAUGAGGGCGUCGAGAUGUUAUUGGUUGAUAUGUACGCCUGUCAGCAGUGCACCGCCCCCUGUCUCAGAAAGCUAGUUCCUUACUGGCUCCUCACUUCGUCCAUCUUCGAGGUUUCCCUCUCUCUAUUGGUCCGGAGCCCCGCCUGUCCAGUCCCUCGCUGGUACCCGUUGGUGACGGCGCCGGAAGAGGCCCGCCUUUCUCCAGAGGAUUGGCGGAUUAGUGCAUACAUCGCCCACCCUUGGUGGACUGUUGAAGCCUGAAGUCCCCUCCCCUUCCCCCUUCCCCCUUUGCCGCUUUGUGGCAUCCCCCCUCCCUCCACCCUUUCCCAUUCGGAUAAUCUAGCCAUGACUAGCAGAAGCACAGCCAGGCCCAAUGGGCAGCCCCAGGCCAGCAAAAUAUGCCAGUUCAAAUUGGUCCUGCUGGGUGAAUCUGCAGUGGGGAAGUCUAGUCUGGUAUUACGUUUUGUCAAAGGGCAGUUUCAUGAGUACCAGGAGAGCACCAUUGGAGCGGCCUUCCUCACCCAGUCUGUUUGUCUAGAUGACACAACAGUCAAGUUUGAGAUUUGGGACACAGCUGGGCAGGAGCGAUACCAUAGCUUGGCCCCCAUGUACUACAGAGGUGCCCAAGCUGCCAUUGUGGUUUAUGACAUUACUAAUCAGGAAACCUUCGCUCGAGCGAAGACAUGGGUAAAGGAACUACAGCGACAGGCCAGUCCUAGCAUCGUUAUUGCCCUGGCGGGGAACAAAGCUGACCUGGCCAAUAAGCGCAUGGUGGAGUAUGAAGAGGCCCAGGCGUAUGCAGAUGACAACAGCUUAUUGUUUAUGGAGACUUCAGCCAAGACAGCUAUGAACGUGAAUGAUCUCUUCCUGGCAAUAGCUAAGAAGCUGCCAAAGAGCGAACCCCAGAAUCUGGGGGGUGCAGCAGGCCGAAGCCGGGGUGUGGAUCUCCAUGAGCAGUCCCAGCAGAACAAGAGCCAGUGUUGUAGCAACUGAGGGGGUGGCUAGCAGCAAACAAGUAUGGAGCUAGCACGAGAGCUAAGAAAUAACCUCCAUCCCCACCCCUCAGCACACAGCCCCUACGGUAACAGCACACUGAGCCCUGGCUCCCAAGGGCUGCCUCCUGACAGCUCCGUCAUGGCACUUUUUAACGCUUCAGCAACCAACACCAGGCAGCUGUUGCCACUGGCCUCCUACCCCUACUCUGGGGCUUGGGGGUCAGAUCCCCCAGGACUUACCUUCCAAAACAAACUUUCUUCACUUUGUAUUAUAGGUGCAAGACAGUGACCUACUUAUCUUUCCUCCUCCUCCUCCUCCUCCUCCUCCUCCUCCUCCUCCUCCUCCUCAUUUUUCCAGAAAACAUUUUUUUGUCUCCUGCCCCUUCCCCUUCUGCUUUUGGUCAAUCCCUGUUCUUGAUCCCCUUUUCCUCCUCUCCCCAGGAUGGAGAAGGUGGUGAACCCAGGAACUGAGGAAGGAGGUUUCCAGUUCAGUCACAUUAAAGGGCCCUGGGGGAGAGUAAGGCUCAGAGCGGGAGGGAGUAAGGAAACCUUUCCUUUUUGUUUUUGUUUGGUUGGAGUUUCUCGUAUUUGAAAACACUGCAGUCUCCAUGAGUUGGCCUUGUGGAGGGUGUUUCUAGGUAGAGAUGAGAACGGGAAGGCAAGCUCUCGGGUACCAGGUGGGAGUUGUGUUGUUAGCUAACUGGGCGGAGGUAGAGGAGGUGGAGAUGCAGUGUCACCUGUGGCUCUGGAACUGUUCCAAGGCCUGAUUUCCCCCUCACCCAGCCUCUUAGGUAGCUUCUCCCCCAUAGUGGGGGAGACUCUGGACCCCAGAGUCCUCCAAAGAAUCUUCACUGGUUGCCUGCAUCUUUGGCUCUGCUGUGAUCUAAUUAGAGGAGGGACCAGUUUCUGAAUCCCAUCCUCUGAUUUAUACAUAUGCAUUUUUUUCUCUGGCCUUUAGAUGGCCUCAGCCCCAGCCACUAUAUUCCCCUGCAGUUUGCACUUUAAUUGGUGGUAGUUCAGUUGGGAUACUUGUUUUAUGGGGGUUUUGAUUGAUUUACCUGCCCUCUCACCUUUUUAAUUAAAUGGAACCCAAGGUAGUAUAUAUAUGAGGUUUGGGGAGGGGCUGUAGAGAACAGGACCAGUGGCAGCUACUUAAGUCCAGUCUCCAUUGCUUGCUUCCUCCAGCUCUGACUCUUAACCUAUAUUCUUGCCAACCUAGCUCUCAAGUAUAGGUUUGCCUUUCCUGGGGAAUUAACUGAGCAACUGGAGAGUGGUCUCGGGAUAGCCUAGGCCAUUGUAUGGGAGUGAAGAGGGGUGUCAGGCAGGAGGGAGGAGUUUUCUAUCCUUUCCUAGGGUUCACAUUCAAUUUGAUCCAACCAUUACUGUGUCUUUUCUACUUCCCUGUAAAUAGGUAUGAUCUUUAUUCCCAUUGUACAGUCUGUUCUGUCCUCUACCUCCCAUCAAUCAGGCCCUGUUUCUUUUCUCCUUUGUUAGUAUCUUCCAUUUAGUCCCUCAAUUCUUAUCCUCAUACUCACCCCCAGCCAGUGGUUUAAUCCAUGUACCACUAGAAGUUAAUACCACAGGCCUACUUGUGGACCCCUCAAAUCAUAACACCUGUUCCUGUGGACAGGGAACAACUGCCACUGAAGGUCCAUCACAGCUGUCUCACGUCACCAGAGGAUGUUGGUCCCUUCUAAAUCUCUAGCCACUCUUCUUGGCCUCUCUCAUCUGGUGUUCUAGCAUAUCUUUGUGAAGCCAUCAAGGCAAGAGAGAGCUCUAAACUCCUUCUUGUUCCAGCCCAGAAUUUUGGGAAAAUUGGGGGAAGUAAGAUAGGAAAGGUCACAGUGACCUAGGAUUGGAACCUUUCUACCCUUUGAUUUGCAGACUGCCCUCUGUCCCAGAGCAGCUGAGAAAUCCUUGAAGCUGAGAUUCCGAAGGACCCAGCUUAGGUUCUUCCACUUAGGCCUCAAUUCCCUUCCUUUUCUAGGGGCAGCCUUAGUUCCCGUGGCCCUGAAACACAUAUAUUUUUCUCUUCCUUUCCCAGCACCCACUAGCCCCCCAAAGCACCCAGUGCAUCCUUAUAAGUGGAAGAACUAGGAUCGUUCUCUUAAAUUCCUUAGAAAUGAAGGGGUUUUUUUUUUGUUUUUUUUUCUCUGUGCAUCUUUCCCCCUGGAAUGGGAGUGAAGUGGUUCAUUGCCUUGGGGCUGGGAAACCAUUUCUCCAGGCUUUUUCUCCCCUCCCCAGCCCCCUUAGGAACAGGAUUGGCCUUAGCUUUUAGGCCUAUCUGCUGCUUUCCUUCUACUUCCUACCAGUUCUUCUGCUUUCCUUUGAGCUUUCUUGGGCUUGGGGAUCUUAGUUUUUAUUUCCCAGCUCUUCAUUUUUUUUCUUCCCUUCUGAUCAGUUGUUUUUUUUUUUAGGCGGGGGUGGGGGGGUGUCCUUUUUUUUUUUUUCUUCUAAGAAAGCAUUUGCCUUUUUUCCCUUUUCUUCCUCUCCCAACAUAACAAUCGUGGUAACAGAAUGCGACUGCUGAUUUACCGAUGUAUUUAAUGUAAGUAAAAAAGGAAAAAAAAAAAAAAAGAAAAGUG